AUGAUCAGGUGGGGCUACCAUCUGCGUGCCAUUGACGAAGAGCACAAUUUAAUCUUUGACCACGGUAUCGAGUCUGGGUUUGACUUGGUGGUCGGUGCUGAUGGUGCCUGGAGCAAAGUUCGCAAAGUGGUGUCCGAUCAAAAGCCACUAUACUCUGGAAGUGGGGAUACGGCGCCAAGAUGUUACGAACAUACCAACCGAGGAUCUUUGUUCUCUUUGUCCGAUCAUCGCGCUAUUUUCAGUCAACAAAUCGGUGAUGGUAGCUUAUAUACCUCCUGUUGGAGCCAACGACCUGAGGACUGGAUGGAGACUGGCUCAUGUGAAAUCCACAGCCCUAGUGCUAUUAAAAAGGCCACCAAGGAAGAAUUUCAUGACUGGCAUCCAGAGCUACUGGAUUUAGUGGAAAAUGGCGAAGAUGGUCUGGCUCGCUCACUGUACAUGCUACCUGUGGGUUGGCGUUGGGAACAUCACCCUGGUGUUACAUUGAUCGGCGACGCUGCUCAUGUUAUGACACCCUUUGCCGGUGAGGGGGUAAAUUUGGGCAUGCAAGAAGCGUUGAUACUGUCACAGGCUAUUCUCAGGGCAACUGUUUCAUUCUCGCCUGCUCAAAAACUUCCAGCUGAAAUCAAGUACUUCGAGGAGGAUCUAUCUGUGAGGGCAGAGAGGACAGCUGCCCACACGAAGGCGAUGCUGGACUUGAUGAUGUUCACUGAUGGGGUACCACGAAGUACGAUCGACAAGUUCUGUUUGCGUAUGAUGAGCUUCCAUGAUAAGACCCUUCUGGAACAUUUGCGGUAUCCAUUCCUCGCUACUUUUGUCAAGAGCUAUUUUUUCUUGUGCAAAUAA